UUCAUGACAAUCAUGACAGUGAUUAUGAUGUGUUAUAAUAUAUCUUUUCACGCACUUUUAUAUACUAACUCUGAGUUUACCUGGUCAGAGCUGGAAAAGAUCACACAAAAUGGAUACUGGAUGUUAUUUGGUGAACUGAACUUGGAUGGGGAAAAAAUAACUGUACCGGACUGCACAUUCAACAAAACAGUGUAUGACUCUGGAGCCUUACAACAAUGUCCUUCACAGCUUGGUUUAUACCUUGUGCCUUACUUGAAAGCGUUCUAUGGAUUGGUAGCUGUAAUAUUAUUACUUAACCUACUAAUAGCAAUGUACAGUAACACAUUUAAAGAGAUUCACGAAAAAUCGGAAUUUUAUUGGUCACAACUACAGAACGACUUUCUUGAGGAAUACAGUAUAAAAACAAUUUUUCCAAUACAUGUUCAGUUACUUGUUUUGCCGGUUGUCAUCACACAUGCAUUCGUAUGGUUGUGUACUUAUAUUGGUGGGAAAUUGUACAAAAAGUGUUGCAAAGAUAAAUAUGAUGAAUUCCCAGACUGGUUUCAUAAAUAUAUUUUAAAUGAUGAUUAUGAAGACGAAGCAACUCUUAAUCGUGGUCCUAUGUUUGUAAGAGUUUUCCUGUAUAACACAAAUUUUGAUUUGAAGCUAAAGUCAACCAGUGAAGCGGAGGGGAGUGGUGCCAUGAAAUCUAAAGGGGAAAUAGACAUCAUGGAAACUGACAGAAUUACGAAGCUUCAGACACAAUUGGAUUCAAAUAGCUUCAAUAUAGACCAGCUUAACGAGAAAAGUGAUAAACGGAAUCUAAAGUUGUUGAAUAAACAUAAGGAAACGGAUAAAUAUUUAAGAGAAAUAAAGACAAUGAUAUUAAAAAGACUGAACUUUGUGCAUGGCAGUUUGGGCAGAAUAGAGAAGGAGGUGUCUAAAACAGCUAAGAUUAUACAUGAAGUAGACUUCAAUUCAGAUGGAGAGAAAGAUGAAAUUCAAGAUAGUUCCUCGACGUCAGAUGACGAGGAUUCUGAUGGUUUAUAUGAUUUAAAUGAUUCAUCGGAUAUCGAAACAUCAAAUGAUCCCGAAUGUAAAAUGCAGUAAACAGAAUGAAGCAACACUUAUGACUGAACACUUUAAUUUAGUAUAAUUAGUAUCGAAAACCGUUACGUGUACUAUACGUGAAAAGUGUUUUAUAGUUAUUUAAUAUAAUUUGAGGUGACUUACGUGUAUAUGUCCAUUAAUAUAUUCAUAUUUAUCAUACAAAACAUAUACAUGUAUAUUAUUAUCUGUACAUAUUUAUACAAUUUACUAACUUUACUUACUUAAUAUACUAUAUAUUUUUUAACACUUUGCGUCCGGAAUAACACGUAAUCAUGCUAAUUGAGUGUCGACUAAAUACCUGAAUCUAAUAUUUAGUAUCGUGAAUCCAUGGUUUUAUAUGUAAAAUUGAGAAUGGAAAUGGGGAAUGUAUCAAAGAGACAACAACCCGACCAUAGAAAAAACAACAGCGGAAGGUCACCAACAGAUCUUCAAUGUAACGAGAAAUUCCCGCACCUGGAGGUGUCCUUCAGCUGGCCCCUAAACAAAUAUAUACUAGUUCAGUGAUAAUGAACGCCAUACUAAUUUCCAAAUUGUACACAAGAAACUAAAAUUGAAAUAAUACAAGACUAACAAAGACCAGAGGCUCCUGACUUGGGAUAGGCGCAAAAAUGCGGCGGGGUUAAACAUGUUUAUGAGAUCUCAACCCUCCCCCUAUACCUCUAGCCAUUGUAGAAAAGUAAACGCAUAACAAUACGUACACAUUUUGUAGAUUUAUGUUUGUAUAUGUCCGCUUUUACGUAUUGUAAUAACGACCUUUUUAUUUUGUCUUUAACUGAAGUUAUGUAUUUGGACAUAUGUUAGCUUGAUUCUAAUGUUUGUCAGAUCAUGUGGGUGAAUUGUUUGGGUUUUUGUAAAUCGAAAGUCAUAUUGCUAAUUCUAUAAUCAAUGUUUAUUAAAUCAGCUUUUCCCUUUUAUUUCCCUUUUUUCUUCAUAAUAUAUAGAAUUAUAAAUCGUAAAAAAUGACGACCAUUCGUUCAGUCACUUUAACUUUAAAAAAAACACACACCGGUACAUAUUGCUUAGAGUGAUAUGAAACCUCAUAUUGAAAAAAAUGAUGCAUAUGUUUUUAUAACUAAAUCGAUAGUUUUCAUGAGAAAACUAAUGUUGAUUUACUUUUUUUCCGAAGAAAAUUCUUUAAUUUGUCCACAUUUAGAAGAAGUUCACUUUUUUUAAUUGCUUGCUUCCAGGACAUAUUUUCCGUAUGAAAAGUGAACUUAGCGUGACCCUCCUCGUAAAAAUCCGGUGAUCGCAAUCACAUUGAUCUGUCAGGAAAAUAAAUAAUUAUACGAUUGUACAUGCUAUACACGUUCCAAUAUCCAUGUUUUUUUGUUGAUUGUUUACUAUAAGGUGACAAUCGGUAAACUACGGCUUCAAAACACGACAAUUAAGUAGCUGCCAUUUUUUCACCUCAUAACAGACAAAGAGAAAAACAAUGACGUAAACAAUGAUAAAAUCGUGCAUAGAAGACUAAGUUUAUGAUAUAUACAUGCAUUGGUUCAUGAAUUGGAUCAGUCACCAGUCACUCGUUUCAUAUGACUUUAAUGUUUUCCUAUUUUCCCUUAAUAUUUCAGAUUUGUAACUGUAUUUCUUAAUUGUCUUCUGUGCAGUUAACUGUAACCUAUGUGUGAUAACUAAUAUGUUCCUAUAAUUGUUAAAUGUAAAGUGUUAUGACUUAAGGCUGUGUUCACAUUGACCUAAACUCGGUGUUGUGUUAGUGUAACUCACAUAUAAACUAAACGUAAUUACGUUCCCAUUGAUAAAACUCAAUGUUUACAUGUAGUUUAAAUCAUGUUUUGUCUACAUGCAGU